CCGCAAGCCUACCUAACUAUUACUUCGGUAACCGCUACGCUGCAAUUAAUUUUAACAAAUGCAUCCGCCUUCACGGACCCUCGUAUCACCAUGCAGUUAUACAGAGGCCAUUGUGAUGGCAUGAAUAUUCAUAGCGAGUUCAUGAAUGAAUGAAAUUGCAAAAUAGAAUGGCCCAUGCGACCUCGAUCGGGUCUAUUCACUCGUUACAAAGAUUGAAAUUCGUGCGGUGAGGACGCGGCCUCCGCUAGAUAUGACACACCAUCGUCGAGACCUGGAUUGCACUGUCGGAAGCCCUGCAUUCUUUAUGUCAUUCAAAAAUGCUCGUUUCCAUGACGUGACCACGACGAUGGGUAAUCAUGACCGCUAGAAAAUUUGUACACGUGGGCCCGACUGCAUUGUACAUGUACACAGGGUUUCGAUGACCGGUUUUUGCCCGUGGGUGGCUGUUGGUUUUUUACGUGUGUCGGGAAACUAAACCCUGUUUUCCCGUGCGUACUACAGUGUAAACAGGCACACACACACACACGCCCAGGUCGCGCGUCUCUGUCAGCGGUUACAACAUGGCAGAUGAUAGGAUAGCCAUGGAUGUUUCUCCCUCCAACGAGGAAUGUAUUGUGCCUCGUGACUCCCCGACGCAUGGUGUCAGCGAGGAACUGGUGGACGGAGGCACAAAAAGCUACAGGUUGUACAAGACGAGAUGGUGGGUGUUGGCCACCUUGUCGGCUUUGAACUUCUCUAAUGCCAUGGCAUGGAUAUGUUUCGCCGCGAUCACAAACAUUACGGCGACGUACUAUCAGGUGUCACCUGACGACGUAAACUGGUUGUCGCUCAUCUACCUUGUAGUCACAGUUCCUAUCGGUUUCAUCGCCAGUUGGGUGCUGGACACGUUUGGCAUCCGAACAGGGAUGCUGAUAGGAUCUUGGACCAACCUUCUAGGCAUCAUCCUGAGGUACCUCAGCACCUUGUCUACCCUCCCCGCGGACGGCCGCUUCGCUGUGGUCAUGUGCGGCCAGGGCCUGGCGGCCUUCGCCCAGCCCUUCCUCCUCUUCGCCCCAACCAAGCUGGCGGCAGUCUGGUUCCCGGAGAACCAGCGGGCCAUCGCCAACACGCUGGGCUCCAUGGCCAACCCCCUGGGGAUCCUCAUCUCAUUCCUGGUGUCGUCGGCCAUCGUCUCCGUGCCUUCCGAUUUGCCAACAAUGUUGUGGGUGUACAUUAUCCCGGCGGCUGUUGCAUGUGCGAUGUGCACUUUGGGAGUUCGCCAAAGUUCUCCGCCCACCCCUCCCACGGCCAGCGCUGCAGGAGACCAUGAAACGUUUUACGCAGGGAUGAAGAAGUGUGUGCGGAACGUGCCCUUCAUGAUUUUAUUCCUCACCUUUGGAGGCGGGUAUGGUCUCUUCAAUGCCCUGAGUACGUUCAUGGAACAAAUCGUCUGCCCGUUAGGCUACAAUGACGAUUUUGCCGGGCUGGUCGGUGGCUUGAUGAUUGCCUUUGGGUUGAUCGGUGCCGUCAUCUCGGGACUGAUCGUGGAUCGAACUCGGGCCUUCACGCCCGUCACCAAAACAUGCUUCAGCCUGGCUGUCUUGUGCGCCAUCGUGAUGUCAGUGUUCACCCACUUUGACAACAUGGGAAUUCCCAUCGCGGUCUUUGGGGUAGGCUUUGGUCUGUUCGGCUUUGCCCUGUUUCCUGUCGCUCUGGAGCUCGGAGUGGAAUGCACCCAUCCCGUUGCAGAAGGGACCAGCGCUGGCUUGCUCCAGAUAUCCGGCCAAUUUCAAGGCAUCAUUCUGAUUCUUAUUGGUCAGUAUCUGGCCCAGCCCCUCAACACUGAGGACAAGCCCAUUCAGCAAUGUAUUCCAGUGAAUGUGACGACUAUGCGUGGCACCUACGUACCAAUAACGUCAGCAGAUAACGUCACGUGGGUGAUGUCAACCACUGGAAAACCCAAUGUUGAGCCAAGAUAUAUACAAGAUAUGUCGAUUCCUCUGUAUAUUUUUUGCGGUUAUGCCCUGGUGUCCUGCUUGAUACUGGCGUUCGUGUUCAAGACCAAGUACAAACGAAUUGAGGCAGAGCGAUACACCAAGGAAUCUAACGGAGGCAUCAGUUGAAGGCUUUCGACGACUGCAACAAGACUAGUGGCAGAAAGGGAUAGAGCUGAGCUGUUGUUAGGUGGCACGCCCAUUUUACUAGCAUAUUCUGUGUUUGCGUAUGUACGUGUACAUCCUAUUUAUAUGGUGCUGCGGGCCAUUGCUAAGGUGCCUGGUUUUUCUCCACAUCAUAGUACUUAAUAACAUGAGUAUUUUCAUUGUUAAAACUCAGGAAAAAAAUCAGGGUUCAGUAUGGACGGCUCUGUACCCAAAGGUGUAUUUAUUUCAUUAAAAUGGAAUCGAAAUCAGAAGGCUACAUGGAAUAGCCACGGCGCACUACCAAUACCCGAUCAGGCUAUAUUCAAACAGAAUUGUUGGCGUCAUUUUGCGUUAACACUAAAACUCAUAAGUGGGAAGUCUCCUGCAAUUUUGCCAACGUCAUGAACUCAUGAUAUUUACCGUAAGUCUGUGUUCACUACAGCAGAAAAGCCGUUCGUACUAUACGCCAGGGUACCUUAACCCUAACAGUCCCCCAUCUUCCGAUUUCAAUAAAGGAUGCCUCCAUGGGCUAACUACAUCGUGAAUUUUUAUUGUGUGUUCAAAGAUCGCUGUCGCCGCGUGUUUAUAAAUUAUUAUUUUAGGAAAAUAAUUUGUCCAACGAAGUAUGUGUGCUCUUCGACAUGUUUACUGCUUUGUUGUCUCCGUGAUAUGAAUAUCAUUACACUGGGAAAAAUAGUUCUAGGCAGGACUAUAAUUCCUUUUUAUCCUUUUGCCCUUUUUGUUCAUCAUUAUACAUGUAUAUUAAACCUUCUUGUAUGAAUGUCUUUGAAGUAUUCAAGUUAUUUUAUUAACGUGUUAUAUGAACUCAGUAGGUCUCUAAAAGGUCUCUUUAAUUUCACGAAUUGACAUUUUAAAUGUUUGAAUAUGUUACAUGUUGUUGCCUUCCAAGGAGAGGGGGUCGUGGGUCAAAAUAAUACAUUAAAUACAAGCAAACGACUUAAUCAUUUACCAUUCUAAUCACGUGCAUUGCGGGAACUGAUGUUGCUGGUUGGUUGGUAUAACUGGCGGCAGGUGGACGAUGGGUAUCUGUCAUGGUAGUUGUGAUAACAAUAUGCACGAUGCUGAGAACUUCAAGUUUAUACGUGUAUAACGCUAAUUUUAACGUAAAGUGGUACCCUGACACUACGUUUUUGCCAAUUGUACUCACACUGCUGGGCAGGGCAGAUCGGACGUAUAACAAACACUGAUAGUUUAUAAACGUACACUGAUCAUUUGUCUUUUGAGGUGGGACGUGUGAAGAAAUUUAAAGAGUUAAACCAGAUAAAUAGCUGACGUUUACCAAUCAAUUAGAUGAUUUAAGAUUGGAGUUUUUAAAAUAAAUUUGUGC